AUGCAACUACUAACGACUGACGGCCUUGUUACCCGCGGUGGAGCACUGCAGAGCUCCCAGAAUCUCGAAGGGACUGAUCCUGUGGCCGUCGUGGGUUUUUCUUUGAGAUUCCCUCAGGAUGCCACCUCCCCGCAAUCCUUCUGGAAAAUCCUUCAAGAAGGACGAUCCGUCACAACUGAAGUUCCCUCUGACCGAUUCAAUAUAAAUGGCUUCUACCACCCAGAUGCGUCUCGGACUGACACAGUAAACGCGCGGGGCGGUCAUUUCUUGAAAGAGAAUGUGGCAGCCUUUGACGCACCGUUCUUCUCCAUGAGUCCCGGUGAGGUGGAAAGCUUGGAUCCGCAGCAACGGGGUCUUCUGGAAACAACGUACAGAGCCCUCGAGAAUGCUGGCAUUCCCGUCGAAAGAGCAGCGGGCUCCGCCACCUCCGUGUAUGUAGGGGCACUGGGAGUGGAGUACAACCGAUUCUUCGAAUUUGACGAAGAGGUCCAGGCCACGUACAAGGCUACCGGCAACUCGGGAGCCAUCUUAGCCAACCGGCUGAGUUGGUUCUACGAUCUGCGGGGCCCGAGUAUGACCAUUGAGACAGCUUGCUCUAGCAGCUUGAUUGGCCUGCAUCUUGCGUGUCAGAGCCUGCGAUCGAAGGAGUCGCGAAUGAGUUUGGUAUGCGGUUCACAGCUCUAUCUUGAACCAAUGACAAGCGCGAUAUCUCUCUCCGCUUUGCAAUUCAUCUCUCCUGACAGUCGCUGUCACAGCUUCGGAGCUGAUGGUAACGGCUAUGCCAAGGGCGAAGGGUUCGGCGUUCUGGUACUCAAGCGGCUGAGUGAUGCUAUAGCUGAUGGCGAUGUAAUUCGGGCGGUGAUCCGGGCUACUGCGACAAACCAAGAUGGCCGCACCCCCGGUAUCUCUCAGCCAAGUCAGGCAGCACAGGAGAAGUUGAUCCGGGAGGCGUACCGUUCGGGUGGUUUGGAUCUCGCCUCAACCCGAUUGUUUGAGGCCCAUGGCCCGGGAACAAAAUUGGGUGACCCCAUUGAAGCAGGUGCUAUCAAAUCAGUCUUCCAGAAACAUCGCAGCCCGGACGAUCCGAUGCACAUUGGUGCAGUUAAGGCCAACAUCGGCCAUUUAGAAGCGACAGCUGGUCUCGCGGGAUUGAUAAAGACAAUCCUGAGUCUGGAGAAAGGCAUCAUUCCCCCGAUAGCGGGGCUGAAAGAGGUCAACCCUCGCAUUCCGGCUGAUGAAUGGAAUCUAAAGUUUCCGACGAAGCCGCUUCCAUGGCCCACUGAUGGCCUGCGGCGAGCGUCGGUCAACGCAUUUGGCUAUGGCGGAUCGAAUGCCCACGCUGUCCUGGAUGACGCAUACAACUACCUGCGGGAGCAUGGCCUCGAAGCACACCACAUCACUGUCAAAAGACCGCCCACCCUCGCCAUCCUGGAGAAUGGUGUGGCCAAUGACAUUGCCAAUGACCAAAGUAACGGCCAUACCAAUGGCCACGCUAACGGUUACACGAACGGUCAUUAUGUCUCAGAAGAGUUUCUGCGGGACCUGGCCUACACCUUAUCCAACAAACGAAGUGUUCUGCCAUGGAAGACUUUCGCGUUGGCGGGAAACCUGGAAAGUCUCAAGACGCAGGUACAAACUCUGCCAAAGCCCGUGCGGUCGUCCACAAGUCCGCGGAUAAACUUUGUCUUUACAGGCCAAGGUGCGCAGUGGGCUCGAAUGGGGAUUGAGCUUUUGAAGUUCGAGACUUUCCGGCAAAGCAUUCUAAAGGCGGACUCCUAUCUGAAAGGACUCGGGAACUCCUGGUCGCUGAUCGAAGAGCUUCAUAAACCUGCAGAUUCUUCUCAGAUUGAUAGCCCGGCGUUAGCACAGCCGCUAUGUACAGCUCUGCAGGUAGCACUGGUGGAGCUCCUCGAAGGAUGGGGAGUGGUUCCCUGGGGCGUGGUGGGCCAUUCGUCGGGAGAGAUUGCUGCUGCAUUUUGCGCAGGAGCAAUUUCUCGUGAAUCAGCAUGGACAAUUGCCUACUUCCGUGGAGCACUGGCUGCUCGGGUAGCAGAGUCUAAAACUGGCGAACGUGGAGCUAUGAUGGCUGUGGGCCUAACUGCCUCUGAACUCCAGCCUCAUAUAGAUGAGAUCUCGGCCGUCCAUGGUCAACAAUGCCUGUCAAUUGGUUGCAUCAACAGCGCCAACAAUAUAACCGCGACAGGGUUGGAUAAGUCUAUCGACGCCCUCAAGGUCCGCCUAGAUGAGAAGAAGGUGUUUGCCCGCAAGUUGAAAAUUCCAGUUGCCUACCAUUCUUCUCACAUGCAAGUGAUUGCUGAAGAAUACAAGAGCCUUUUGCAGGGUAUUUGCCAACCAAGGCAGUCUCCUCGGAAAGGCGAAACACCUGUUUUUUGCUCAUCAGUCACAGGACAACCUGUCCCAGUCAAACAGCUCUCUCUGCCCCAAUACUGGGUCAAGAACCUUGUGUCGACUGUCAGGUUUUCCGAAGCUCUUGGACAAUUGUCCCAAGCCAGCCGCAAUUCGGGGUCUAACACGCAAGUGGAUCACUAUGUUGAGAUCGGCCCACAUGCAGCUAUGCAAAGAGCGGUCAUGGACAAUGUGCCUCAAUCUGAAAACGUCAAAUAUGACUCAGCGAUGCGGCGAGGUGUCUCAGGACUGAAAUCCUUGCAGCAGCUCUCCGGAAAGCUUUGGACCGAGGGAUACCCAGUCAAAAUUGAAGCUGUCAACAGCUAUGGGUCGAACCGAUCGGCGAAAAUGGUAGUAGAUCUACCAGAAUACCCGUUCAACCAUUCACAGACAUACUGGCUCGAGAGUCGACUGUUCAAGAAUUACAGAACUCGCGACAAUAUUCGACACGAGCUAGUCGGCAUUCCCACGAAUGACUGGAAUCCGCUUGAGCCGAAGUUUCGCUUCACCAUCCGGGUAUCCGACCUUCCAUGGCUCACGGACCAUCGGUUGAAUGGAUCCCCGGUCUAUCCUGCUGCGGGAAUGGCAGUUAUGGCUAUAGAGGCUGCGAGGCAUCUAGCCAAGCCAGGGCAUGCAGUUAGAGGAUACCGCCUGCGAAACAUAAGGAUCUUCUCUGCUUUAGUCGUCCCUGAGACUCCUGAAGGGGUAGAAAGCCAGAUCUUCCUGCGUAAUGCAGAGAAUAGUCGAACCACUGGUGUUCAGACAAUUGAAUGCAGAGAGUUCAAUGUGUAUGUGUACUCAGACAAUGAAUGGCGGGAAGUCUGCGCUGGAUCUGUCGUGACGGAAUAUGAAGAGACGCCCGACGAAGUGUACGGAGAAGACGAGCGAAGCCUGACAAAGGACUAUUAUCAGUCGAUGUACCAACAAGCCCUUGACCGCUGUUCAGCGACGAGUACUCAGCAGGUUUUCUAUGAUGCUGGUCACAAGAUCGGGUAUGGUUUUGGUCCCCUAUUCAAUACUCUCCACGACCUAGCCUACGAUCCGGAAGGGGACCAAGCUGUGGCCGUCGUUAAACCUGAUGAGUGGAGAGGUAAAGUUCCCGAGAAGAACUCUCAGGUUCAGCCGCAUAUCAUUCACCCCACAGCCUUGGACGGGGUGUUCCAAGUUACGGCAGUGGCGACCACCAAAGGUGGAACACAGCUUGGUCCAUUACAGGCACCGACUCAAUUGCGAGACUUCUGGAUCUCACAUGAUCUCAUCGAGCGCAAACCAUCCACAAAGUUGAAUAUUCUGGCGCAGACGACGCUGCAAGCAGCUCGAGAAACCGACUCGUUCAUUCUUGCCAUCAAUUCGGAGACGGGAGAACCAGCCAUUGUGAUAGACGGCUAUCGGGUGACAACUGUGUCCAGCCUUAGCUACAAACCAUCCGAGAAACGCAACAUCUUUUACAGGCUUGAUUGGAAGCCUGAUGUUGACCUUAUUAGUAGCUCACAGACAGAGACUUACUGCUUGGACAAGGAGACAAUGCCCGUGGAAUGGAAGCCUUCCAAAAAUGUGGUGACACUGCACUACAUGUCGGAAAUGUUGAAGGAGCUGGACGCCCAAGGCUACGAGACUACCUCCCCAUACUUCCAGAGAUACUUGGCCUGGGUGCGGUACCAUUUCGAUCUUCUGGGUGAGAGCAAUCCUCUCCUUCAAUCACCAUGGAAAGAUACAUUCGCGGAUGACAGUUGCCGCAUGCAGUACUUGGCGGAUUUCGCAGCAACAGGCCCGGUUGAGGGUGCGGUUAACUCGUUCUGCAAGCACCUCGCCGCGAUUGUCCGCGAAGAAGUGGAUCCGUUAGACCUCCUGUUCAAUCAAGGCUUGGCGAAAGACCUGUACAAGGACGAGAUCUUCGUAAUUACCGCCAAGCGGAUGGCGGUGUUCAUGGAUCUCCUUGCGCACAAGAAUUCCAAGCUUGAUAUCCUUGAGAUCGGUGCUGGUACUGGAAGUGGUACCCAACAAAUUCUGUCGGCCUUGGGCAAGCAGGGUAACGACAAAGGCGUGACUCCCAGAUACCAAUCCUACACCUUCACCGAUAUUUCUCCCGGGUUCUUUGAAAAGGCCAAGGCUAAGUUUUCCGAUCAUGUUGAUCGCAUGACUUUCCAGACACUGGAUAUCGAGCGAGACCCAGCUGCACAGGGAUUCACACCGGGUGGAUACGAUGUCGUGAUUGCUGCCACUGUGCUGCAUGCUACACAAAGUAUCAGUGAUACUCUGAGUCAUGCCCGCUCCUUACUGAAGCCAGGCGGCUACAUCAUCCUCAUGGAACCAACCAACAAACAUGACACAGUGCUAAAUGGCAUUUGGGGAACACUUCCAGGAUGGUGGAGAUCAACGGAGGUGGACCGGAAGUGGUGCCCACUGUAUUCUCGGGAUGAAUGGGAUUAUUACCUAAAACAGACCGGAUACACCGGGGUGGAAAUGGCAAUCACUGACUUCCCAGAUGUCGAGAACCAUACCCUCAGCUUCCUCCUCUCUCGAGCAUCUCAUGAGGAAUCAAACCAGCUUCAACUUCCGGAGUCGCUCUUUAUUGCUGCCGAAACUGAGUUUCAGCUCAAGGUUGCGGGAGAAAUUGCUUCCUACAUCUCCUCUACGUUCGGGAAGAAAUGCGACAUCCUCACGCCUGAUGCUAUCUCCGAGCAGAUUUCACAGUCGAAUGUUUGUCUCUCACUGCUUGACCUGGGGCGUCCAUUCCUAGCGGCAAUGAGUGGGAAAGAUUUUGCUCGCUUCAAGAGACUUGUGGACUUCUCAAGUCACAUCUACUGGAUAACGUCCGGUGCAGAUGGAAACGCUCCACUGCCAGAAAACGCAAUGAGUUCCGGAUUUAGCCGAGCGGCCAUGCUUGAGAAGCCUGGUCUCUACUGGGCCAAUUUGGACAUUCAGGACAUAGCCUGCGCAGGCAAAGCAAUUUCGAGGGUUCUUCAGCGCUCAUAUGGGGUGUCUGGAGUUGAAAAUUGGGAGGGUGAUUAUCUUGAGGCCAGCGACGUGACACUCAUCCCUCGAGUGGUAGAAGCCAAUGAUAUCAAUGAUUAUGUAUAUUCUCAGACUGGCAACCGGGACAUCGAGCGAAGGCAGCUUGGAAGGGAGCCAACGGAGGCUCUAGAAAUUCAAUUUUCUCCUGGGCAGCUUGGCAGUUUCCGGUACGCCAGGGAUGAAACUCCAAGUAAGCCCCUCUCGGAAGACGAGGUGGAGGUGGCAGUCAAGGCCACGGGAGUCAACUUUGCCGACGUGAUGUGCGUGCUUGGACAGAUCACAGACUCUUACAUUGGACAUGAGUAUGGGGGUGUGGUCCGCCGAGUUGGUUCAGCAGUGAAAGAUCUGGCCCCCGGGGAUCGCGUUUGCGGUAUGGCAUCUGGGACAUUCAAGACGUUCGUCCGGAACAAAGUCCACACCACCAUUCCUAUUCCGGAUCAUAUCGCAUUCACCGAUGCCUUCCCAGCGGUGUGGCUGACAGCGCUGUACGGUAUCACGCACCUGGGCCGCCUUCGUAAAGGCGAGUCUGUACUCAUACACGCAGCCGCGGGCGCUGUCGGACAGGCUGCCAUCCAGCUGGCACAGAAUAUUGGGGCGGAUGUGUUUGUUACGGUGAGUUCGUCGGUCAAGAAGAAUCUUCUGCAAGAGCGUUACGGAAUCCCUGGCGACCGUUUCUUCUCUAGCCGCAAAUUGGCAUUUGGGAAGCAGAUCCUGCGCGCAACCAACGGUCGCGGUGUCGAUGUCGUCCUCAACUCAAGCUCAGGUGAGGCGCUCGCAGAGACCUGGAGGUGUGUCGCGCCUUUGGGACGGUUCGUUGAGAUUGGAAAGCGAGACAUCUACUCUUUCCAGAAGCUUGCCAUGUCUCAAUUCUCCAAGAACGUCACAUUCUCAUCGCUCGACCUACAGACGGUAUACAAGAACCAUCCGUCAGUUAUUAAACAAUUGAUGGAUGAGCUACAUGAGCUGCUUUUUGCAAAGAAACUGGGUCCUCCUCACCCGGUAACACAGUUUUCGCGCGGAGAAUUUGAGUCGGCCUUUCGCUACCUCCAGACAGGCCGUCAUAUGGGCAAGGCAGUCAUCAAUUGGGAGGAAGAGGCUGAAGUCUCGGUAGUUCCCAGUAAUGAUCCGGAAUAUGUCUUCAACUCUCAGGCCAGUUAUAUCAUUGCUGGUGGCCUGGGCGGUAUCGGCCGGAGUCUCUCGAGGUGGCUUUCCACUCGAGGGGUCAAGCAUUUGAUCUUACUGUCACGCUCGGGCGCAGUUUCUGAUGAUGCUAUUGAGCUAGUCAGUGAGCUUACAGAAAGAGGUGUCAACGUUAUCACUCCCAAGUGCGACGUCAGCAACGCGGAUUCUCUGGCGAGCGCACUCAGUGAUUGCGAGCGGACAAUGCCCCGAGUCAAGGGAGUCAUCCAGGCCUCCAUGGUACUCAAGGACCGAUUGUUUGACAACAUGUCUCUGGCUGAAUGGCAGGCAGUGCUCGACCCCAAGAUUGCUGGAACAUGGAACCUUCAUCACCAUCUUCCAGCUGACAUGGACUUUUUCGUCAUCUUGUCGUCUCUGGGAGGUAUGAUUGGAUCAAGAGGCCAGUCCCAGUACAAUGCCGCUGCGACAUUCCAGGAUGCAUUUGCUCGCCAUAGAUGGGCACACGGCCAGAAGUGCAUAUCUAUUGAUGUCGGACUACUCACGUCCGUCGGCUACGUAGCGGAACAAAAGGAUGUGUCAGAGAGAUGGGUCAACGCCGGUUUCGAUGCCCUUUCCGAGAAGGAGCUUCACAGUGUUGUGGACUGGGCCUGCAAUCCUCGCCUGAACGUGUCAUCAGGAUGGGAGACUCAGGUCCUCACAGCCCUCAACCGGCCCAUGGCCAUGAUCAAGCAAGGCAAAGAACUGCUGCCUUACAUGAAGCGGACCAUGUACCGACAUCUGCACCGGACGGACCAGAGCACCACUGCGUCCGCCCCUACCUCUGCUCAGGCUGUAGACUACGGGGCUCUGCUCGGGGAUGCUGAUAAUGUAGAAGAAGCAGGAGCCAUUAUUGCCACGGCUCUGGCUCAGAGACUCUCGCAAGCUCUCUCAGUACCGGAGGAGGAUGUUGAUAUCAAUAGGCCUGCUCAUUCCUUCGGUGUGGACUCACUGGUGGCCGUCGAGCUGCGGUUCUGGUUCGCGAAUGAGAUGAAGGCUGAGCUCUCGGUCUUCAAUAUUUUGGCGGACUGUAGCAUUCGGGAGUUGGGUCAGCAAGCGGCUGGCAAGAGUCAUUAUGUGCAGAAGAGGCAGGAGAACUAA